CGCUGAGGCUCGCGGGGCUGCCGGGAUUGGGGCGCCGCAGUUUUCGCUCGCCUAGCCGGCGGCUCCCCGGUGCCGCCAGGCUCAGUUCCUCGGGACAUGUCCGCACGGUGCUCCCUGCGCGCCCGGCAGUGCUAGAUCCUCUCGAAUUUCUUACCCGCGCGGCCCCGCACCUGGCCGCCGCCUCGGAGCCGGGCUAGCGCGCGGCGAGCGAGCCGGAGGCUGUGCGCCCCGGGCGCGGACCUUUGCAGUCAUGGGGCUGCAGCCCUUGGAAUUCAGCGACUGCUACCUCGACAGCCCGUGGUUCCGGGAGAGGAUCCGUGCCCACGAAGCAGAACUUGAGAGGACCAACAAGUUCAUCAAAGAGCUGAUCAAGGACGGGAAGAACCUCAUCGCUGCCACCAAGAAUCUUUCAGCUGCCCAGCGAAAGUUUGCUCAUUCACUCAGAGACUUCAAGUUCGAGUUCAUUGGUGACGCUGAGACUGAUGACGAGCGCUGCAUAGAUGCCUCCUUACGUGAAUUUUCAAAUUUUUUGAAGAACCUGGAAGAACAGAGAGAAAUCAUGGCAUUAAGCGUAACUGAAACCCUGAUUAAACCCUUGGAAAAAUUCAGAAAAGAGCAACUUGGAGCUGUAAAGGAAGAAAAAAAGAAGUUCGACAAAGAAACAGAAAAGAAUUAUAGCCUAAUUGAUAAACAUUUGAAUCUGUCAGCCAAAAAGAAAGACUCACAUUUACAAGAGGCAGAUCUCCAAGUGGAGCAAAACCGGCAGCACUUUUAUGAACUGUCUCUUGAAUAUGUGUGUAAGCUUCAGGAAAUCCAAGAAAGAAAGAAGUUUGAGUUUGUGGAGCCUAUGCUGUCAUUUUUUCAGGGAAUGUUUACUUUCUAUCAUCAGGGCCAUGAACUUGCCAAAGACUUCAAUCACUACAAAAUGGAACUACAGAUCAACAUUCAGAAUACACGGAACCGGUUUGAAGGAACAAGGUCUGAAGUGGAAGAACUUAUGAACAAAAUCAGACAAAAUCCCAAGGACCACAAACGAGCAAGUCAGUUUACAGAAGAAGGCUACCUGUAUGUACAGGAAAAAAGGCCUGCUCCAUUUGGUUCCAGCUGGGUCAAACACUACUGCAUGUAUCGGAAAGCAGCCAAGAAGUUCAACAUGAUCCCAUUCGAGCACAGAUCUGGGGGAAAGCUUGGCGAUGGAGAGGUGUUCUUUUUGAAAGACUGCACCAAAAGGCAUACGGACUCCAUUGACAGAAGGUUUUGUUUUGACAUAGAAGCUGCUGACCGGCCUGGUGUUUCCUUGACCAUGCAGGCGUUUUCAGAAGAGGAAAGGAAACAGUGGUUGGAAGCUCUGGGUGGAAAAGAAGCUCUCUUCCACAGUUUUAAUAGAGCCAUCCUCCCGAGACCCGAAGGAAAUGCACAGUUGGAUAAGAUGGGUUUCACAAUUCUCAGAAAGUGCAUCAGUGCUGUUGAAACACGAGGUAUAAAUGACCAAGGAUUGUACAGAGUUGUGGGGGUGAGUUCAAAGGUCCAGAGACUUCUGAGUAUGUUGAUGGAUGUAAAAACAUGCAGUGAGCUGGACCUGGAGAAUUCCAUAGACUGGGAAGUGAAGACAAUAACAAGUGCCCUGAAACAGUAUCUAAGGAGUCUUCCCGAACCGCUCAUGACCUAUGAGUUACAUGGAGAUUUCAUUGUUCCAGCCAAAAGUGGCAGCCCGGAAUCUCGAGUUAAUGCUAUCCAUUUCUUGGUGCACAAACUACCAGAGAAAAAUAAAGAGAUGUUGGAUAUUUUGGUGAAGCAUUUAACAAAUGUUUCAAAUCACUCCAAGCAGAAUCUAAUGACCGUGGCAAAUUUAGGAGUGGUGUUUGGACCAACUCUGAUGAGGCCGCAGGAAGAGACUGUUGCUGCCAUCAUGGAUUUGAAGUUUCAGAAUAUUGUGGUGGAAAUCUUGAUCGAAAAUCAUGAAAAGAUUUUUCGGACCUCGCCUGACACCACAUUUCCUGAGCCCAUCUGCCUGUCGGCUUCACCCCCAAACGCUCCACCAAGGCAGUCCAAGAGGCAAGGCCAGAGGACCAAGAGACCCGUGGCUGUUUAUAAUCUAUGCCUCGAGCUGGAAGAUGGUGACAAUCCCAAUCUUCCUAAGGAGGACACCCCCACCGGCAGUCAGGACUCACUGUCCUCCCCAUCGCCCACGAGUGCAACUGUUCAUGGGCCUCCUGGACCAGAGAGAAACCACCUUCUGUCAGAUGGAGGGAGCUGUGGGGAGUGGACAUCCACCACUCCAAGCCAGACCCGGCCAUCUAUGGUCCAGUGGCUUAACCCACAGUCUCCAACCACACCAAGCUCCAACCCGGCUAUCACACCUCCUUCACCCAGAACGUCAACCUUCCCCCUCUCUCCUGCUGCUACCAUAGUGGACAAGCCGCCGGAAAGCGUUGUCAGUCGGAAGGCCCGUGCAGUGUACCCAUGCGAAGCAGAACACAGCUCGGAACUGUCUUUUGAAAUAGGAGCAAUUUUUGAGGAUGUACAAGCUUCAAGGGAGCCUGGCUGGCUGGAAGGGACUCUGGAUGGCAAGAGGGGGCUGAUUCCACAGAACUACGUCAAGCUGCUGUAGCUCCUGGCCCUGGAGGGCCCCACUGCCCCGCACCUGAGCACCUGCUGGGAGCGACACCCACAUCCUCACUGCGAAUUGCAGAUCACCGUUGGCACUCCAGGGCCAGGGAAGGUUCCAGAACUCGCUGCAGGGGACUGUGUAGAUUUGUGGAUCAGAAGAAAUCAGGAUGAACAGGACAAUUCAUUUGGCCAGCAUCCUGACUGGGAUUUUUAAUUAUCCAGCCCAAGAACGAGAGGGAGGGCUGCUGUCUGCCCCCGCCCCCACCCCGGCCGCCCCCUCCAGGAACAACCACCAGACCCGGGAUCUCUCCUCCUGCACUCCUGCUGCUGAGAUCUUAAAGGGAACUCUCCUUCCUCACUGUGCUGGGCCUGUGGGGGUGUGCUGGGCCCUGGUGGCCAUGGUGGGGAGGGGGCUGCUGCGGUGCAAGAGAAUUGUCUCGACCCAGACAGGAGCAGGGAGACGCUCUCUGGGAGCCAGCUCCUUCCUGGACCACCACGCUGGGCCUCUGCGCUCACUCCACCGCCACCGGGCACAUGGGCAUAUUUAUAACCGGCUUUUCCUGGUGCUCCUCACCUGUGUGCUGUUUGUACAAUGUCACCUUUAGGCCCCAACUUCUCUCUGUAAAUGAAAUAAAAUGUAAUUUACUAUUUGA